AUGACAUCCUUUUUUUGUAAUUUUAUUUUGAGUAGGUUGUUCAAAUGGCUUCCUGUUUUUGCAAGCUUGUUGCACCAUGUGCUGCUCCCAUCUAGAAAUUCACACCCAGGAACCUUCCCAACUUUCCCUGUUUCUCUUCCUUCAGGGAGACAGAGCAAUGUUUCUUUGGUUGUGAAGGCUUCCGGGGGAAGUUCUGAAUCUUCAACUUCCCUUACUGUUUUUAAGUCCGUUCAGAAUGUUUGGGAUCAACCUGAAGACCGUCUGGGACUUUUUGGGUUGGGAUUUGCAGCUGUAGCAGCGUUUUGGGCGUCAACAAAUUUGGUUGCGGCCAUUGACCAAUUACCACUUUUCCCAGCUGUAUUUGAAUUAAUUGGAAUAUUUUACUCUGUUGUAACUUUCUGCAUAAUUGACGUGUGUUUUUCUAUUAUGUCAGUUAUUAUAAUUUGGAAAGAAUGCAAGCUUUUUUCCUUUUAUUUCAGUGGGUUUACCUUAUCGCUAUCGUCGUAUUCGCCUGACCGGGAAGAGCUUUUUCAAAUCCUGAACAAGUCAGCAACAGAUAUCUUGGGCCAGUAAAAUGUGCUACCAAAAUGCUAUGCUAGAUUGGAAGGGAAAAGCUAGUUAAGGAGAGGGAGGGGAAAGAGGGCUUUGACUGUCAUCACUCCUAUGCAAAUUUCAAUGCAUGGAUUACCUAAUGUUUUCAAAAGAUCAGUACAUUAUUACAUCAAUGAAUUAAAGCUUACUUUUUGGUGCUGGGUUA